ACUUAGGUGUUGCACAUGCGUUUUUCGCCCUUGCGGAUAAAUAGACCGAGUCGCCCGACACCGGUGUGCAUUACCGCCGCGUCCGGACACCUUCGUCCUGGACGGAAGAUCCCGGAAGAGGAACGUCUCGCUAUCCGUCCGCGCGCCACGCGUACACGCACGCAUCUGCGUCGUGUUUGGUGGUGGUCUCUUACCACCAAUACCACCGCCGUCGAUUGCCGCCGAUUGCCGCCGCCGCCGAUCGCCGCACGCGCGAUGUCGCAUUCCGCGGCCGCCGGUCGUACGCUACGUACGUACAAGUCCCGUCAAAUGGAGUAUCUGUUGCAAGCCCGUGGUCACCAACGCAGCUCUUCAGAUACACAGGCGUUCCGCGAGCGCACGAAGAGGGAUGCGCGGGACGAGCUGCAGCGCGAGCUCGAGAAGCUGGAGGCGACCAUCUGCGACAGCACGAAGGCGUUGUUCGGCCGGCAGUUCGCCGGCUUUCAGCACCUAUUCGAGCGAUUCCUGCAGGAGGAAGGCCCGUCCUUGGAGUGGGACCACAUCCAGAAGCUGCCCGAAGAUGCGGUCAAGGAUUACAACUCUUUGCCAUCGCCGGAGACGAACGAGGUGAAGGAGCUACUGGAUAAGCUGGUCGUAGUCAAGUUAAACGGUGGUCUUGGAACGAGCAUGGGAUGCCACGGGCCGAAAUCGGUUAUCGCUGUACGAAAUGGCCUCACGUUUCUUGAUCUCACUGUUCAGCAAAUCGAGCAUCUGAAUAAAACGUACAACGCUAACGUGCCACUCAUACUGAUGAACUCGUUCAACACGGACGACGAUACGCAGCGCAUAAUUAGGAAGUACAAAGGAAUCGAUAUAGAUAUCUACACUUUUAAUCAGAGCUGUUAUCCGCGCAUAAACAGGGACUCCCUCCUCCCGAUCGCCAAGCACUGUCAAAUCGACGAGGACAUAGAAGCCUGGUACCCACCCGGCCACGGAGACUUCUACGAGAGUUUCCAGAACUCUGGGUUACUUAAAAAGUUCAUUCGCGAGGGCCGCGAAUAUUGUUUCAUGUCGAACAUAGACAAUCUUGGUGCCACGGUGGAUAUUAAAAUUUUGAAGUCGUUGUUGAGCAAGAGGCCGGAACCGCCGCUUGAAUUUGUGAUGGAAGUAACCGACAAAACGCGGGCGGACGUCAAGGGCGGUACACUCAUAAAAUACGAGGACAAACUUCGCCUCCUUGAAAUAGCUCAGGUUCCCAAGGAUCAUAUCGACGACUUCAAGUCCGUCAAGACAUUCAAGUAUUUCAACACCAACAACCUCUGGAUUAAACUUAGUGCCAUUGAGCGAGUGCUCGAGCAGAAAGCGUUGAACUUGGAGAUCAUUGUGAACAACAAAACUUUCACCAAUGGUCUAAAUAUAAUACAACUUGAAACAGCUGUGGGAGCCGCUAUGAAAGCAUUCGAAGGAAGUGUUGGUAUAAAUGUACCGCGCAGUAGAUUCUUGCCGGUGAAAAAGACCUCUGAUCUGAUGCUGGUAAUGAGUAAUUUAUAUACGCUGCGCAACGGAUCUCUCGUAAUGAGCCCUCAAAGGAUGUUCCCCACAACGCCUCUCAUCAAAUUGGGGGACAAUCACUUUUCAAAAGUAAAAGAGUUUCUCACCAGAUUUCCAACAAUACCGGAUCUCCUCGAGUUGGACCACUUGACUGUGUCGGGCGACGUCACCUUCGGAAAGGGGGUGACGCUGAAAGGCACCGUCAUCAUAAUCGCCAAUCACGGGGAACGCAUAGACCUGCCUUCUGGAACCGUUUUAGAAAAUAAAAUUGUGUCGGGCAAUCUACGCAUACUGGAUCACUGAGCGCUAAUGUAGGCGUUAGGCAAGGAAGUGUUUUUGUUUUUUUUAAUUCGUCCCGCGGAGAUCGCGCGAAUGCCCGUGCUCUUCGGCAAUCAUGUCUUAGCUUAAAUUAACUAGUCAAGCGAUUCAAUUGUAUAUAUUCAUAAUAUUAUUUUAGAAAGGGCCGAAAAUAUAUUUCUAUAGAAAUUAUUUUAUCGAAUUGUGUAUAUAAGAGCUUGUAUGAGAAUUUAAUCGUGAGAUAUCAAGAAAAGGAAAUUUAUAAUACAUUAAGUAUACACUGUUGUGUAGGCGCGGCGGAAGCUUACAUGUUAUUCUAUUACAAUAAAUAAAUGCUCUUUUAAA